AUGGUAUACGAACUUGUCAUCAUGGGCAUCACUCUGCGUCGAGCGAUUUCGUUCUGGAGACUAUCGGCAGGCUUCCGCGGGUUCCCACUCAUGCGAGUUAUCAUUACCGACCAAGUAUUCUAUUUCGCAUUAAUCGUCGCAUAUUGUGUAUUAAACAUGCUCGAAGGCACACUUACCACCUUCAACUCAGUCGCACAAGCCUUCGUAGCAUUUGGUGGAAGCGAAUCAUUUCUAUGCAUUCUCGGGAGCCACAUGUUGUUUAAUAUGAAAGAUGCUGCGCGACAUGGGGACUAUGAUGCAUCAACGGGUGGAAUUGUAACGCGCACAGUGUCGAAUGUGCAGUUUGAGAUGAAGACAUAUUCAAGUAGCAUGAAUCCGAGUCGUUAUACCGAAACGAACUGUGGAUCACAGAAUACACAUCCUGCUUUCAGCUCGGAUCGCGAGAGUAUCUACCGUGAUCCACGUGAUUUUGUUCAGAUCCCGAGAUCAUUGUGCCUGUCGCAUAUUGCUCCAAUGCCAUCGCCUAUUUGA